AACGAUGGAUUCGGGCCAGAUCCGCGAAAAGAAAAGCACGCGAUGGAAAGCGUAAAUAUUUACAUUUUUUGAGUAUUUGCAAUAGUAUUUUUUUUUUUUUAAUUUAAAAAACAAUAAUGACAGACGGAAAUAUUUCCAUGGAGGAGGAUACCGAGCUCCGUGAUCUCGUGGCCCAAACGUUAGAAAAUAAUGGGGUGCUGGCCAAAGUACGAGCAGAGCUUAGAGCGAGCGUCUUUUUGGCCCUCGAGGAACAAGAAUCUGUGAUGAACACAAAGCCCCUGCUUAAUAAAACGGUAAAACAGUACCUGGCAAAUUCUGAGGGAAGAUUGCUGUUCUCAUUGGUCAGAGAAUUCCUGGAAUAUUUCGGUCUUGAUUAUACGAUAUCUGUGUACGACCCUGAGACAUAUGCCGGUAAGGAAUACAACUAUGCAGGUAGAAGCAAGCUGUGCGAAGAACUUGGCAUAGUUUCAAGCGAGCCGCUGCUCGGGGAAAUUUUGAGGAACCAUGCCCGUCGAUCAUUCAAUAUUUCAGAAAAGCAGCUUUUGUUGUAUUUUCAGAAUGAAGACGACGGUAAUGAAAAUAUGACAGCAAAAAUGCAUAACACUCCCAGUAACGUGUGUAAUGAGACAUACGAAGAAACGACACCGAAAAUCUUGCACAAAGAUUCCGUGUCUUUGUCAAAUGAUAAUAAUGACUCGUCAGAAAAAUUAGAAAGCAUCUCAGAAACUGCUUUAAAAGUUCCAAUAAAUGUGACGAUAACUGACAAGAAAAAAGCUGUCAAUAAUAAUCAAACGUUCAAUAAUGUUCUAAUAGACACAUCUAGCUGCGAGCUUCAGAAAAAUAAUGCACUCAGGAAAAAUGAUGACACGAAUUUAGAAGAUAUAACUGAAACUCACCGAGUCGAUUGUAACAAAGAGAACAACGACGUGCGCUUCAGCAAAUUUUCUAUGAAUUUAGAUGCUGUUAAUGUAAAUGUUGAAAGCGAGAAGCAGUCAUUGAAUAAAACCGAGCCAUUAAUUAAGUUUGACGAAUCUAUUAUAGACGAAGUACAACCAAAUCAAAAUGAAAAAGACGCCAACAAGCAAAAAGGCAUAAAUAACACAGAGUUGCAUAACGCAAAUAAUGUACAAAAUAAAAUCAUUACGGAUAUGAGUUUAGGGAAAACCGUGUUCUUUGACGAGAUUAUUAUCGACGGUAAGAACGAGAAAGUUGGUGCGAAUCACAGAAGCGAAUCUUCACUGUUGGGCGACUUGCCUCCACUCACCACAAAAGCCACAUCCAUAUUUAGUGAUUUGCCAUCCUUUAAUACUAAGAAGACAGACAUCAACGAUCUUAAAGAACUCAUGGACAUUGGGCUUGCUUCAGAAGGAACCGAUAACUAUGAAGAAGACUUUAUCUCAUCUGCAUCCGGGAGUGCAAACGAGCAGAGCCCUUCUAAAAGCCCUGACAAGUGCGAGAGCCCAAACAAAUCCCGGUACAAGAAAGAGGAACGACAUCAGAGUGUAAGAAGUGACGACAUAAGCGAAGAGAUUGAAGGGAUUGACGAAAUUCUCAGCAGCACGUCUUGCCUAGAGAAUGUUGCUGCAGCAAAGUCUAUAUCAAAUAUAACAGUGGAUGUCGUCACAGAUUAUAUCGAGGAUGUGUGAUCUUGAACACACUGCAUUUUCAUUUUAAUCUUGGCGAGUCUUGUCCCUACAAUAUCAGUAAGCAAGACAUUGCCAGGUGUGGCUCAAUACUUUGUAGAUCGCGCAGCAGAAUGUUGGACAAAAAAGAAAUGAAAACGUGUAAAUAAAUAUUGAGUUCUACUGAAUUCAACAAUAUUCGUUGAAUGAGUAAUUAAACUUCUUGCUACUACUUCAUGUGCAAGUUUUUUAUGGUCUCAUCAAUAUCUUGCUUGUCCACUAUUCUGUCAUGAGCGCUAUAGUAUUACUAUUAUUCUAACUAAUUAAUUUAUAAACAUAGUGUUUAGGGUACCUACAUGAAUAUUUUUAAAUGAUAUAAAAUUUAAUGGGAUCGCUACUUUUGAAUAAUUUUGGUUACGUUUCGCCAGGAAGAAAUGUUUUUUAAUUGUUUUGGUAGGUAAUUUUUUUUUUAUUAUCUUCGACGACUUUUUCUCUGUAUUUUUAUCUCUUUGUGACUGAAUAUUGUGAAUUACCUCAUUUAACUAAAGUUACUGAUAACGAUAUCUGCAAAGGAUAUCUGAACAAAUUAUCCGUCUGAUCAUGGAUUGCCUAAAAAAUCCGCCAGAACAUUUUCAAAGAUAAUGUGGUGCUAAGUGUGUUUUUGAAAAUGUGAAUAAUUUAUGUGAAAGUUAGUUGAGGUAUUGAGAAAUGUUGGGGUGCUUACUAUAUAGGUAUUAACUUGCAUAUUUUAUUUCGCAAGGUGUUUUAAAAUAUUCAGGUAAACAGAAAAAAAUGUUCAAAACAAAAGGAAUAAUUUUUCAGCAAAAGUAAUGAUUUUUUGGCAAUCCAAUAACUACGAAAAAGUAUCAAAAUAGCUAGGGUGGUAAUACAUUAAUACCCAUGCCAAGAUGCAAUAACUAAGUACAAUUCAAGGUGGAUCAACUGUAUACUUGAGGAACGGGAGAUCCUUUUCUGGAAAUCAGUGUUUUCCUGUUUUUAGAAAAGAAUAUAUGCCGUAACUGAUAAAAAUAUACAAUAUAACAUAAUACACUGCUUCAAGGCUGCUUCGAACGGUAUUUCUCUGGAGUAAAUUUCAACGCGCAAAUUAUUACCUAAUGUAGGUAUUGGCGUAAACUACUUUCCAGAGACUGUUUUCCGUUUGAAUCAACCUUUUGCCAUAGAAAAUACAUUUAAAAUAUGACAAAAAAAAAAAAAAAACAGGUGUGUUCCUGACCAAUCAGCGUGGUUACAUUGUGCUUUCUAUUCUCUAUAGAUAAUUUAUAAAAAAGAAAUCAAAGAAUGAAAAUUUCAGGACUGCGUGUAACAUUCCCACAUCUCAUAGAACUUAGGGCAAUAGACACAUUCCAUUCUUAUUAAGAUUAUUCUUAUAUUUUAAUUGGCUAGAAAUAGGGGGUCGAGAAUAUUCAACCGAUAUUUUUCAAGAAAUACCCUAGUUUGUAAGUUUCUAUCUCAAAUAUUGUAACCCUAAUCUAACGUUCGUAUGCUAUGGCAUUGAAAAUUAUAUUGUACGUAUAUUUUUCUCAGCAUCAACUAGACCAAUCCGUAAUUUCAUUAUAGAAUUGUGAAAUCGCCUAUUUUUGUUGCAUCAUAACUAGGCUGCGGUUACAGUCUGUACAGAACAGAAAAAAACAAAUAAUUUCGAAUAUAAUCAAAAAAUGGAUGCAGACAUAUUUAGACAUUGUGUCAUUUUUAUCGUUCCACUUCAUACCAAUUAUCAUUUGUACAUAAAUGAUUCGGUUGUUUAUCGAAAAAAAUAAUAGGUUUAAUAUUAUAGUUGUUGAUGAAUGCGUUAUUUGUUACUAGCAAUUUAUAGACUAAAUUUCAACAGAUCAAGUAUUAAAACUAUAUCCAAUGGUAUUUUUACAUUUACAUACAUAUAUA